CGUCAUGACGUAUUUGACGCAACAAAACUCGUGACGAAAUAAUCGUUGCUACAAACAGAAAUCAAGAUAGAGGGAAGAAUAGUGAUUGCAAGAUAUUAAAAAAUGGAGAAGAUGCUGUAUUUUGGAGAUGACGAUUUGCGCCAAGCGAUGGAAAGAAUGGAUCAACUGUCACAUUUGAAGUUGAAGUUGGGAGCAGCUCAAUAUCUCGAGGACCUUCGCAAAGAUGUUCUCGCUGACAACUACAGAACAGAGGAAGAAACCGAGAGAGAACAAGAGCAGAGGACCGUCAAAAGCCAAAGAAUCAUUCAAAAACUUCAAGUAGAAAUACUGAAGAAGAUUCUUCCCAUGAACAGAAGUUCUCAGAUGGCUGUUAAGUGGAUGAAAACCAUCAAAGAAAACCAUGUCAAAAUGGCUACUGUCCAAAUGGAGCUACUGAAAAAACUUCGACAACACGAUGCCAACAAUUUCUUUGAAGAGUCUAAUGGAGAAUUAGAGGAAAAGAAUCAAUUUGACAUUCUUCCAAUGAACCUGAAUGAAAGAAAUGAGGAGAAACAACUUGAGCUAGUGACAAAUGAUAAAAAUGCCCAGCUGAUCAACAAGAUCCAAGUAGAUUUGUUGAGAACAAUUCUACCGAUGGAUAGAAGUGCAAGAAUGGCCGUAAAAUAUAUGAAAAUUAUCCGGGAAAGUCGCACAAAGAUGUUAACGAUUCAAGAGGAACUUCUCAAAAAGUUAGCGGAAAGAAAAGCCGAUUGCAUGACACAAUCACUUGGAAAAUUGGAGAACGAAAUCCAGAUAAAAUGGAGGACAGCACUAGAUGCAUGGGACAAAGAGAAGAGAAAUCGAUUGGUAUUCUCCAUCCUCGUUGAACAAGUGAGAAGAAUAAGGUCGAGAAGGUGCCCACAAAUGGCGGGGAAAAUUAUGAAAAAACUACAAGACCGCCAUCUAAUUUGCGAAAAGCUUCUGGAAGAGCUAAUGAAAAGGGUUAAUGAAAGAAAAAUAGUGUGGCAAGCAAAGGAGACGGCUCAGAAGGAAUUAAUGAAGGAAAUAAAAAGAAAAGAAGAAAUGAAAGAAAGGCAAAACAGACUACAGAUGGAAAUAAUGAGCUUUAUUCCUCGCAAAUUGUUCCUCAACGGGGUUGAAUCGUUCAAGACUGUCCCAAAGGCAAAGCCCGAGAUUGCAGCCAAAGUUGAAAAUGGAAGGAAGGAGGAACAGACUAUUAGCCACUCUAACGAAAACAAAUACGAACCCCAGAUGAAGAGAGGGACAAAGUCAAAAGCAACGCUAAAAAACCGACUGAAGAGAUUUUUCGGGUUCCACUGAUCGGAAUGUUGUUAACAGAUGAAAACAUUUAUUGACUUUAAGAUUCUAUUUAUACACAUUUAAUAUAAAUGCAAUGUCAGUAAAUAAAUCAGAAAUUGUU